AUGGAUCCCGUUUUGAAAUGUGCUGCUCUGGUUGGUGAAGACCAGCCUCUUUGCCCAGAUCUUCCUGAACUUGACCUUUCUGAACUCGACGUGAACGACUUGGAUACAGACAGCUUUCUGGGUGGACUCAAGUGGUGCAGUGACCAGUCAGAAAUAAUAUCCAAUCAGUAUAACAAUGAGCCUUCAAACAUAUUUGAGAAGAUAGAUGAAGAGAAUGAGGCGAACUUGCUAGCAGUUCUCACAGAGACACUGGACAGUCUCCCUGUGGAUGAAGACGGAUUGCCCUCAUUUGAUGCAUUGACAGAUGGAGAUGUGACCACUGAGAAUGAGGCUAGUCCUUCCUCCAUGCCUGACGGCACCCCUCCGCCUCAGGAGGCAGAAGAGCCGUCUCUACUUAAGAAGCUCUUACUGGCACCAGCCAACACUCAGCUAAGUUAUACUGAAUGCAGUGGUCUCAGUACCCAGAACCAUGCAAACCAUAGUCACAGGAUGAGAACAAACCCUGCAGUCAUUAAGACCGAGAAUUCAUGGAGCAAUAAAGCGAAGAGCAUUUGUCAACAGCAAAAGCCACAAAGACGUCCCUGCUCAGAGCUUCUCAAGUAUCUGACCACAAACGAUGACCCUCCUCACAGCAAACCCACAGAGACCAGGAACAGCAGCAGAGACAAAUGCACCUCCAAAAAGAAGUCCCAUACACAAUCGCAGUCGCAACAUUUACAAGCCAAACCAACAACUUUAUCUCUUCCUCUGACCCCAGAGUCACCAAAUGACCCCAAGGGUUCCCCAUUUGAGAACAAGACUAUUGAACGAACCUUAAGUGUGGAACUCUCUGGAACUGCAGGCCUAACUCCACCCACAACUCCUCCUCAUAAAGCCAACCAAGACAAUCCUUUCAGGGCUUCUCCAAAGCUGAAGUCCUCUUGCAAGACUGUGGUACCUCCGCCAUCGAAGAAGCUCCGGUACAGCGAAUGUCCCGGUACCCAGGGUACCCAAGGCAACAACUCCACCAAGAAAGGGCCCGAGCAAUCUGAGUUGUAUGCGCAACUCAGCAAGACCUCAGUGCUCACCAGUGGACACGAGGAAAGGAAGGCUAAGCGGCCCAGUCUACGGCUGUUUGGUGACCAUGACUACUGUCAGUCAAUCAAUUCCAAAACAGAAAUACUCAUCAAUAUAUCACAGGAGCUCCAAGACUCUAGACAACUAGAAUACAAAGAUGCUUCCGCCAGUGGGCAGGGGCAAAUUUGUUCCUCCACGGAUUCAGACACGUGCUGCAUGAGAGAGACUCUGCAGGGGAGCAAACAGGUCUCUCCUUUCAGCACCAGGAAACAGCUCCAGGACCAGGAGAUCCGUGCUGAGCUCAACAAGCACUUCGGUUAUCCCAGUCAAGCUGUUUUCGACGACGAAGCAGACAAGACCAGUGAACUGAGGGACAGUGAUUUCAGUAACGAACAAUUCUCCAAACUACCUAUGUUUAUAAAUUCAGGACUAGCCAUGGAUGGCCUGUUUGAUGACAGCGAAGAUGAAAGUGAUAAACUAAACUACCCUUGGGAUGGCACGCAGUCCUAUUCAUUUUUCGAUGUGUCCCCUUCCUGCUCUUCCUUUAACUCUCCAUGUAGAGAUUCCGUUUCACCACCCAAAUCCUUAUUUUCUCAAAGACCCCAAAGGAUGCGCUCUCGUUCAAGGUCCUUUUCUCGACACAGGUCGUGUUCUCGAUCACCCUAUUCCAGGUCAAGAUCAAGGUCCCCAGGCAGUAGAUCCUCUUCAAGAUCUUGCUACUACUAUGAGUCAAGCCACUGCAGACACCGUGCACACCGAAAUUCUCCCCUGUGCUCGAGAUCACGUUCAAGAUCACCCUACAGCCGUAGGCCCAGGUAUGACAGCUACGAGGAAUAUCAGCACGAAAGGCUGAAGAGGGAAGAAUACCGCAGAGAGUAUGAGAAGCGCGAGUCUGAAAGGGCCAAACAAAGGGAGAGGCAGAGGCAGAAGGCAAUUGAAGAACGCCGUGUGAUUUAUGUUGGCAAAAUCAGACCUGACACAACACGGACAGAACUGAGGGACCGUUUUGAAGUUUUUGGUGAAAUUGAGGAGUGCACAGUAAAUCUACGGGAUGAUGGAGACAGCUAUGGUUUCAUUACCUACCGUUACACCUGUGAUGCUUUUGCUGCUCUUGAAAAUGGAUAUACUUUGCGCAGGUCGAAUGAAACUGACUUCGAGCUGUACUUUUGUGGACGCAAGCAAUUUUUCAAGUCUAACUAUGCAGACCUAGAUUCAAACUCAGAUGACUUUGACCCUGCUUCCACCAAGAGCAAGUAUGACUCUCUGGAUUUCGAUAGUUUACUGAAAGAGGCCCAGAGAAGCUUGCGCAGGUAA